GAAGGUAACUCAAAUCACUCCAAGCUGAACACCAGUGCGACUCACAAACAUCUCACAAUGGCAGUCGUGCACGGAAAUCUUGGAGAUGGACACUUAAAGCAAUUCCAGCUGUUUCCGACCACGGAUUUGGAAAGGAGGCCUAACAUGCACACAACAGAUUACGCAACUCAAGACAGGAUGAAGUUCCUCCAUGGCGUCUCCAGAGCGGACAGCGCGAGCUUGUUCACGCACCGCAGAAAACGCACCAACUUCACGCAGCAGCAGAUUGACGUCCUGGAGAAAGUCUACUUGGACACUAAAUACCCUGAUAUUUAUUUAAGAGAGAAACUUGAGGCACUGACCGGUUUGCCAGAAUCGAGAAUUCAGGUCUGGUUCCAGAACCGAAGAGCCAAGUCUCGGCGCCAGGUGGCUGUUCCAAAUAAGACCAGUGGAAAUGUUCUGACCACCAACAGUCUCCUUAUGAACCAGUUUACGACACAUCAGAACCACACUGGCCUGGAGACACAGAGACUGCCAAAGUUUGACACGAGGGACAACUUCAGUCAACAGCUGAUCAACACCUCUGAUGAGAAGCUCUGCACCAUGAAAGGUGACCUGUACAACCCAACCACGAUUCCGUGCAUGUUCAGCAGAACCGAGGAGAAGCAGAUCAAGACCGAUCACCUGAGUGUUGUGGUGCCAUGCAAUUACACACAGCAGUAUCCAAAGGGACACAGACAGUUUAUGAGCACCAGCCAUGCUAAGUCUACAAUGAAGCAGUUUUUGGUGGAGUAUGAUAACUUCCCUCCGAACAAGACCAUUGGGCCAGAGAUGAAGGUUGUUAUUCCACCUCUCCCAUCGCAGAAUAACUUCAUGAUUUCUUCAUCUUCCCCUAAACAUGUCACCUGUUCUGUACAAAACAUGCCAGUCCACUCGGGAAGUUGUGGAACUUUCUCUCCCAUUAGAGCAAGCGAAGCUGUCGAGUUCUCAGAUUCUGACUCCGAUUGGGAAAUAGAGGCCAUGUCUGGCUUUAAUGGGUUUAUUUAGUGUAUCAAUUUAUCACUUGCAGACUUUAUCUGAAGCUUUGAAGAACGUUUUAAGGUUUUAAAAUCAGAUAUUUAUUGUAUAUUUCAGAUAUUAUUAUGUGUGACUGACAAAAUAUGGGUGUAAAAAAAAAAAAAGCCACUUAAUUUUUUUUCUUUUUAAAUAAAACCU